AUGUCUGAAACAUCGGACGAGGUAUCCCUCGGCUUGGUCAUUUACUCGGCGGUAAAGCCGAUUUUCAAAAUCUACUUUAUCAUCGGCAUGGGUUAUCUUUUGGCGAAAAAAAACAUUUUACCGGUGACCACUUGUCGAGACAUUUCAGAUGCGGUGGUGUCGGCGAUAAUGCCGUGUUUGAUCUUCACCAACAUGGUGUCCUAUUUGAAAUCGUCCGAUAUCAAGAGCAUCGGCAUUUUGGCGUUUACUGCCAUCUUGUUAUUUUCCAGCGGAGGCAUCAUGGCGUAUGUGAUACAUUUGGUGACCCGCUCCCCCAAGAGAUGGCUCGGUGGGUUGCUUUCAGUUGGCAUAUUUCCCAACAUCUCGGAUUUGCCAAUUGCUUACAUUCAAACCUUCUCCAAGGGGACAAUAUUCACCAGCGAGGAGGGAAGCAAGGGCGUUGCGUAUAUCUGCAUCUUUUUAAUGGCAAUGGUGAUGACCCAGUUUACGUUUGGGUUGUUUCGAUUGGUGGAGUGGGACUUUCGCGAUGAAAUCAAGGGCGAAGCAGAGGCUGCAGCUGGAGCUGCAGCUGGAGCUGGAGCUGGAGCUGACGAUUUGGAAAAGAACUUGACUUCUUCCUCGUCGGAUGAUAACGACGAAAAUAACAACAAUAACAAAUCUCGCGAGGAGAACACGGGACUGCAGAUGCAGAUGUUGACUCGUGGCAGCUCAAGACGUUCCGAGGCAUUGACGACUGAUAGUGAGUCGAUAUCUAGCGAAAAGAGCAUCAACCAAAGACCCCAUGCAUCGCAAGAUGAAGAUUACCAACAUGACCAAUUUUUAAAAAAACAUAGCAGAAAGCUGCGCAAUGAAGCCAGUCGACGAGAAAAAGAAGGAGAACCACCACUAGAACCAACCACAAACAUGAACGUAAACAUGAACAGAAGCGCAAGCAACGGUGGCAGCUUCAGCAUCGCCACCACCACCACCACCACCAGCAAAGUUCAUCGAACACUAACCCCCGUGUCACGCCGACGCAGAGCCUCAGUCAGCUCGGCGGAAAAUGCCCUCAACUUGAUCAGCUCGCGCAUCUCCGAUCUUCGAAGCCAACCACCUGAAAACGUCGAGGAUGUCAUCAAUGAAUACUCCGAGUUUGAUCAGUUGCGCACCCUCGAGAUUGAACGCUCUAAAACCCUGCAAAACGAACCCGAGAUUGAUCAAAAGAAAUCCAAAAUUAAAAGAUAUGCCAGAGCAAUGUGGACUAACCUACUCCAGCCCAACUCCAUUGCCCUUUUCGUUUCCAUUGCCGUGGCCAUGUCGCCGCCGCUCAAGGCAUUAUUCGUGCCAACUACAUUUUCCAUGCCCAACGCGCCAGAUGAACAACCGCCGCUUUCGUUCGUGAUAGACUUGACCAGUUACGUUGGCGCCGCCUCGGUGCCGUUGGGGCUCUUGUUGUUGGGCGCCACGUUAUCGCGGUUGCAAGUCAAGAAAAUGGCACCGGGGUUUUGGAAAGUCGCCUUGUGCGUCACGGCACUACGACUCAUCCUCCUCCCGAUAUUUGGCGUGGGUGUAACCACGGGGAUGAACAAUGGCGGGUGGUACGGCUCAGACCGAUUGUUGAGGUUUGUUAGCGUGUUGGAGUUUGGAUUGCCCAAUGCGACUGUGCUCGUUUAUUUCACGGCUUUUUACACCGACCCAAACAGCGAGGAGCAUUUGCAGAUGGAUUGUCUUGCCAUGUGUUUGAUCUGGCAGUAUUCCAUAUUGUGGUUGACUUUGCCUUUUUUGAUUACAUUUACCUUGAAAGUGUCGAUGGGUGCUUGA